GGGUAUAAGAUACCGCCGUGAACACUCGGAAAAACACGUGGUUGCCCGCGGAUAUCAGCUGAUAAUGCUUUGAACGGCGUAAAGUGCACGUGUCGUGUUGCAGUAUCUGGCGCACGAUGCGAUCUCGCACGUCACUGGCCGAAUUAUCUAGUGAUUGUGUAAUAUUGUCAAGACCCGAGAGCCCGAUUAUGUAAAUUCGUCUUCAAUAAGGCAACCCAAACGGACAGAGAACGCCAGUUGUACGAGAGUGGACGUGCAUAGCUUGCUGGUUUUACAUCAGUUGUACGUUACGCGCCAAAAUACGUGUCUUGCAUAAUAUUACUCCGAAUCACAUGGGCGAACGAUAUCGCGCCGGUUACGCAUACAGUUGUCACGAUGAGUCGCGAAUGAUCGAAUAGCAUUGUUUUAUUGAUAAAUAUUAAUAAAAAAAGGAUAAUAUUAGAAUUUGAAUUCAGUAAAAAAGAAUACUAUUUAUGUACAACAUCGCGCGCAUGUUAACAAAUUUAUUUUCAUUUAAAAGAGUUCGAUUUGUUUUACUUAAAGAAGCUGGAUGAAUCAAAGAUAAACAACUCCCAUUAACUCAUCACAGAAAGAAUUAACUCACGCAGCAAAUAUCAAGCGAGAAUGCAAGUGACUACAUUUUGCGAGACGUGCAGUAAAGAAACGGUCUUCGCAAAAAUAAUGGAUAUAUAAAACAGUCGAUUGGAAAAAGAAGAGUCGAAGAGUCGAAAAAGUGCUCCUGUGUAGAAAAAGAGAUCUCUUAAUAAAAAGAAGAAUGGCGAAACCCGUAAUGGCUAAUAGCGAUACUAAAGAUGAGGCGGUACCACGGGUGGAAUCUACUCACAGAAACAGAGAAUGCAGAAAAUUCUUUGGAUGGAUAAAAUAUACAUCAGUAGAGCCGACAAUGUGGCUCUACAUGAUGGCGUUCAUGUUUACAUCGGUCGUCGAGCAAGACUUUUUCAAGCAUAAAGCAUGCCGGGUGGAUCACGGAUAUUCGGAAGAAAUCUGCUCGAAGUUGAACGAUGAUAAAAACAAAGCGAUAAAGACCGAAGUGCAGAUAACUGUCUCGGAAUUUCAUCAAUGGAACGACAUCGCCGGGCACGUGAUGCCUAUUAUUUUGGCAAUGUUCUACGGGAACUGGAGCGAUCGGCGCGGACGCAAAUUGCCGCUCGUCCUCGGCUUGAUCGGCAAAUUUAUCUACUCUUUCAUGGUCGUGAUCAAUUCCAUGAUGGAUACUUGGAAGCUGAACAUGGUGGUGUACACGGCCACCCUACCGAUGAGUUUGCUGGGCGGGGAUGUUGCAAUCUUCGGCAGCUGCUUCGCAUAUAUAUCGGACGUAUCCUCCAUGCAACAGAGAACCCUGAGGAUUACGAUUCUAGAUGUUAUUUAUCUCAGCACGAUGCCAUCGGGUAUCGCGCUUGGAUCUUAUGUGUUCAGUCAUUUAGUCAAUUCAUCCUAUACGAUUAUGUUCAUCGUAAACGCCAUGUUGCUUGCAUUGGCGAUUAUAUAUUCGCUCGUGUGGCUUAAAUGGCAAACGUCACCACGUCAGCAACCGUUGUCCGGCACCAAUUUGCUGGUGGACUUUUUCGAUACGAGACACGUCGCCACGACGAUGCGAACGUUGUUGAAGUCGAGGCUCAAUCACGGCAAACUCCACCUGUGGUUUCUUCUGCUCGCAAUGUGCCUCUAUACAUUCCAAAGAGACGAGAAACCCAAGAGUCAGAUGUAUACUUCAUUAAUCUUCAAAUGGGACGUGACAGACUUCAGUAACUUCAAAACAUUCCAAUCGACUCUCUUCGUGUUAGCAAUGCUCAUCGGGGUGCCUAUAAUGAGUAAAUUGAUAGGAAUGAGGGACACAUUCAUCGUAGUAAUUGGAGCAAUAGCGCAUGCAGCCGGAAGAAUAGUAUUUAUAUUAGCAAAUCGACCGGAACUAUUUUACGUAGGUGCUGCUGUUGCUGCGUUAGGUCCCGUAGUAGCACCUGUACUCAGAUCCAUGACUUCCAAACUUGUAUCCAUAGAAGAGCGAGGAAAAAUAUUCGCGAUGCUCUCCGUAUGCGAUAAUGCGGUCCCGCUCUUCAGCGGCACUUUGUACUCUCAAUUGUACAACGCCACGAUAAAGACUGCACCGAGCUCAUUUUAUUGGUUGACGUUCGCCACGCAGAUUACCGUGCUUCUGCUUAUCUUGCUCAUACAAUUUACAUCUUGGUCUAAACACGCGACCGAACAACAGGAUUACAUCGAUGACGAAUCUGUGGCUCCAUCGCUACCGAAUACUUCAGAAGCUAACUCUUCCAGUAAUGUAACCGCGUGACGAUAACUGAAUCUCGAACUGCUCAGAGAGAACGUACAAUAAGAUAUAUCUGAAACUGCCAUAUAUAAGUAACGCAUCAAAAAUCAUAACUUGUUAGCACUGACAUUUCAUCUGAUCAUCUUAAGAAAUAUGUACAAGAUGCAUUUACUAGAUUCAGAAUUUGUUUUUUUUUUUUUUUUUUUUUUUUUUAUUUUU